GCGCGCGUCGCCGUCUGCGAGUGAACGGCGCGGCGCUCCUCCGUAUGCAUGGACCGUGCCGGGGCCGUGACGUACGAGGAAGACCCGUACUUGCCCGACUGCAAGGCCGGCGAGGAAGAGUCGCCCGCGUACGACCCGGGUCAGGACCUCGGGCAGGUGGGUGCCACCGACCCGACGCUCGACGACGAAGGCCGAAGUCUCCUCAGGCUGGCCGCCGGCGAGGAGAUCGAGGAGUUGCACCACGAGAACUUCUUUGAUGCGAGUGCCGACGUAAAAACAACCGACGCCACUCCAGACAGCGGAGUGCACGACCUGUCGGGAAUGGAUCCCGAAGAAAAGGCUCGCCAGGAGGCUGCUCUGAGGGAUGAGCUGGCACAGGUGGAGGAAGAGAUCCAGUCCUUGAGGACCGUGCUGGCAGCCAAGGUGGCCAGGUCCCAGGAGCUGAAACGCCAACUAGGCAUCAGCGUCUGGAAGGAGCUCAAGGAUGACAUGGAGCAGGGAAUCAAGAACAUCCAGGACACUGCUGCGUUUAAAGAUGUCAGUGGGAAAUUGGUCGAAUGGAAUGCUGCUAUCUCAAGCGCUCCCAUUUACCAGAAGACCAGCGCUACUAUCAAGACGGCCGGGGAGAAGACCACCACAGCUCUUGGAAGCCUCAGUGCCAGUGUCUCCAAGAAGCUGGGGGAGAUGAAAAACUCCACUGCUUUCAAGUCAGUUGAGGAGAAAGUUGGUUCGGUCUACACCAAUGUGAAGGAGUCGAUCUCUUGAGCCAAAGCGUAGCUUGUUUUCGUAGGAACCUCGGGCACCAGCAACCCCUUCUCGAAGUCUAGAUGACUGGCCGUUUAGUAGCUUACAUAUAUAAAAGCCUCCUUUGCCUCGCUGGCUGUCUCGUUCCUCAAAUUUUUUUUUGCCCUCUUUCCUUUUUUUGUCUCUGCUUAAUGCAGCUUGUAAAUUUGUGUGGCUGCGCUUAGUCCUCCCUGAGUUCCUACACACUUGCAGGCAUUGAGAGUGACAUGUUUGUUGCAAACUUCCCCGCAUGGCAAAGCUGUGAAGGCCCGUGCAUUUUACCAAGCCACUUUGGUGAUAUACGUUUUUUUUUUUUCUUGUGCUUGGUGCUGCUUGUCUCCCUGUCUACAUUUAUUUUUUCUCUAACCUUGUUUUUUAAUAAAGCCAUGACCUGUC